UUUUAGGUAUUUCCCGUUUGUCUUCAAAUGUUAUUAGUAAAGCACACCGCUUUUAGCUAACUAAAGCCACUAAGAGGCGCCGUUCAGCUGUUCUACUUUCACUAGGCCAUUCCUCUGUUUACUCCAGCUCUCUGCCUUCGGUGCCGCCAAGCUAAUUUACCCGGGAAGAGUGGAUCUUAUGACAUAUUCUUAACGUCGACAUGCCGGUGUACCUGGACGACCCGUCUAUCCUCACCAAAGAGAAGCUAAAAAGCGAGCUUCUUGCCCACAACGUGGAGCUGCCGACUGGCAACCCAACCAAGGACGUGUAUGUGCAGCUUUAUCUGGAGAACCUGACCGCCCAGAACAAGAAGCAUGUCACGGCCGCAGCUCUGGACGCGUUUUCCAGCGACGAGGAGCUGCCGCCGCCCGUGGUCUCCAACAGAAACCGCUCCUCCGGAAGGAAAGCCACCAGGAAAUCAGACAAGCCUCAUCCAGAGAUCGUCGACAUCAUGUCCCUCACCGAUGAGGGCCUGAGGAACGAGUUGCAAAAGCAUGGAGUGAACGUGGGGCCAAUUGUAGAAUCAACCCGUAAACUGUAUGAGAAGAAGCUCCAGAAAUACUUGGACGAUGGUCCUGCACAGCUGUAUCCCACAGAAAUACAAGUGAACCACAACGGCAGCUCUGAAUCUGAAAUCUACAGCGACAAGGAGGACGAAGUGGUGGCAGCACUAGAAACUGUGAUUGAGCCUGAACCAGAACCAAUUCCAAUGGUGGAGAGACGAAUGAGGAGCAGAGAGAAAACCCCAGAUAGCAGUCCCACCAGUAACAACAGCGGCCAGCACCAUACGGUUGAGAAAAACACUGCAAGUGAUCAGACUCUAAAAGCAGAGAAAGAUGACAUGAAGGAGCUUUUUUCCACUGACAUAAACAGUCCGUCUGGAUUCAGCGCCGUGUGUCGCAAGCCCAUCCGAGGAGCAGCUGGACGCCCAGUAACCUCCAGUGAUUUGUGGAAUGAUGAGAAUUCCCUUCUAUCUCCCAAAACCACCAGGACUGGCAGCUAUUCCUACACAGGGAUCCAUGCAGUCAACAGAGUAUCCAGUGUGAAUCCCUCCACCUCCUUUUCAUCUUCCAGCUCCUCCUCCAGUGCCUCCUUUACCACUGCUACAGCUCCAUCUACAGGUCCAACCAAAGCCGUGCGGCACACUGUGUCCCUAUGGAAAAAGCUGGUCCUGUUUGGCAUUUUGGUCACAUUCCUGAUUUUUGUUUACCUGGCCAUGGAGACAAACUCUGUUGGCCCGUUUCAAGCCUCAGACUUAGAGGCAGCUGCAGAUGGAACAGCAUAGAGUGCUGAUAAAAUCUUGUUGAGUGGUGUGGUAGGGGGGCUAAAUGCUUCUUCUUCAUCAGUUUUUAAGUGUGAAUCUGCAUCUCAAUGUAGCAUGUUUUUCUGACCUGAUGAUUACCUGAUGUCAACUUAUAUUUUUAAGUGUCUUUCCUUCUUAACCAGUCUCAAGUAAAGGUCUGAAGAGUAGUGAUGUGUGCCUGAAGGAUCAUUUUGUGUGGCUGUGAAAGUACUGAAACAUCUGUUGCUGUUUUGGUCCAUUCCUGACCCUGGAUUUAAAACCGAGCCAUCCACUGAUCAUCUUUAGAAAUGCAAACAUGCAAUAUUGUGAGGAUUUUCCUUUUUACAUGUGCUAUUUUUAAAUCAUACCAGUUCGGUGUAGGUUUUGUAUUGAAAAUGUGCCUUGCUUUGUGUUAGCCUUUAUGGCUUAAAAGUGCUUAGUUUUUGUAACUGGGACCAUCUUUGUUAAUGAGAUAGGAAUGCCUGUUGACAUUAACCAGAUGCUUUUAUAACUUAAACUCUUGAUAUAUUUUCUUAAUGCUUUGUAUAAAAUAUAAAUGAAUAUGUCUAUUUUCCACUUAUGUAGUCACUGCUUUGCCCACUAAAUAAACUUGAAUGUUAUUGCAACAGAA